CCAUUUUCAAACUCAACCCUCCCUACAAUCCCUCACCAUCAAUCCCUCCUUGCAGUUCCUUCAGUAAUCCUACCUGUACUUUUCCCACCCUUUCUUCCAUUUUCCCCCCUUUUUUCUCUCUCUUCUCUAUCCCUCUAUACAUGCAUUUCCUUCUCAGAAAACCCCUUUCUUCAACCCUCAAAACCCCAUAUCUGCCUCCAGAUCCAACCUUCCCCUCCUCAAUCUCCCAUGGGUAAUUGUUUCUCCCAUGGCAAAGCAGAAAAAACUGAAAAUGCUGAGUCGAAUCCCGACGGUGACGCGGAUGACCAGAACCCUGCAGACCCCACCAGUGCCCCAUCAACAAAGUCCCCACCCACUACAACUAAUGGGUCCCGCCACCCGACGAAGCCUGCAGCAAUCGGGCCUGUCUUGGGUCGGCCUAUGGAGGAUGUGAAGUCCGUUUACACGAUGGGGAAGGAGCUCGGGCGGGGCCAAUUCGGUGUGACCCACCUGUGCACCCUCAAGAGCAGUGGGGAGCAGUUCGCAUGCAAGACAAUCGCGAAGCGGAAGCUUGCGAACAAGGAGGAUAUUGAGGAUGUCCGAAGGGAAGUUCAGAUCAUGCACCAUCUGACGGGCCAGCAGAAUAUCGUGGAAUUGAAGGGCGCAUACGAGGAUAAGCAUUCUGUCCAUUUGGUUAUGGAGCUGUGCGCCGGGGGGGAGCUCUUCGAUAGGAUUAUUUCAAAGGGGCAUUACACGGAGCGUGCGGCCGCAUCACUGUUGAGGACGAUUGUACAGAUUGUCCAUACGUGCCAUUCAAUGGGUGUCAUUCAUAGGGACCUCAAGCCUGAGAACUUCCUUCUAUUGAGCAAGGAUGAGAAUGCGCCGCUCAAGGCCACUGAUUUCGGGCUUUCUGUGUUCUUCAAGCAAGGUGAAGUUUUCAGAGACAUCGUCGGCAGCGCAUAUUACAUUGCACCCGAAGUGUUGAAGCGAAGAUACGGUCCUGAAGUCGAUAUCUGGAGUAUUGGAGUGAUGUUGUAUAUUCUUCUCUGUGGAGUUCCUCCUUUUUGGGCUGAGUCGGAGCAUGGAAUUUUCAAUGCCAUCUUGCGUGGGCACAUCGAUUUCACGAGUGAUCCGUGGCCGUCCAUCUCACCAGGGGCAAAGGAUCUGGUCAAAAAGAUGCUAAAUACAGACCCAAAGCAGAGGCUCACAGCAUUCCAAGUUCUCAAUCAUCCAUGGAUUAAAGAAGAUGGAGAGGCACCAGAUACACCUCUUGACAAUGCUGUGCUGAACAGGCUGAAACAGUUCACACAAAUGAACAAGUUCAAGAAAGUCGCUCUCAGGGUGAUAGCAGGGUGUUUAUCAGAGGAAGAAAUCAUGGGCUUGAAGGCAAUGUUCAAAAGCAUGGAUACUGAUAACAGUGGGACUAUCACACUUGAAGAACUAAAACAAGGACUCUCCAAGCAAGGAACGAAGCUAUCGGAAGUUGAAGUUAAACAGCUGAUGGAAGCUGCCGAUGCAGAUGGGAACGGAAUAAUUGACUACGACGAAUUCAUCACAGCGACAAUGCACAUGAACAGAAUGGACAGAGAGGAGCAUCUCUACACUGCAUUCCAAUACUUCGAUAAAGAUAACAGUGGAUACAUCACAACUGAAGAGCUAGAACAAGCUCUUAAGGAGUAUGGCAUGCAUGAUGGGCGGGACAUAAAGGAGAUUAUCUCUGAAGUCGAUGCAGAUAAUGAUGGAAGGAUCAACUACGAUGAAUUCUGUGCGAUGAUGAGAAAAGGAAAUCCAGAAGUGAACCCGAAGAAGAAGAGACGGGACUCUUUCGUCUGAUCGGGACUGAUCAUGACGGGGGGAAUAUUGGACGGUCAAGGGGUUUUUGGUAGUGCAACAACAUUGAUGACCCUGGGAGAAGCAUAAGAAGGUUGUAAGAAAUACAAAAUGUUCAUGAAACCAUGUACACUAUGUAAAAGUGAGGAGGGGGGGAAGUUAGGGAGAGAAUCCAAUGGCCUUUUAUGGGGUUUGAGGGUUGUGGGAUUUUCUCCUUCCUGAUCACUAGGCCAGGGAAAAGAUAAUUUCAUAUUAAUGGUCAGGAUUGGGGCUGUUCUUAGUGUGUAUUUUCCAUUUUUUUUUCUUUAAAAAAAAAAAAAAAAGAUAGAAA